UCACUGACUCUCUCGCUCUCUCUGUAGCAGUCGGCCACUGUUAUUGAUGUUUUUUCCCUCGACAUUUCCAUGGUAACUGUCCAGUCUAAGGUCUGAUCAGCAGCGAGCAGCCGAGCAGUGUGUGAGAAUGGAGCCGGAGGAAAAAAACCCGGACCCGAAAUACGGGGAGUCCAGAAAGUUUGAUCCAAACUUCAAAGGGCCGAUCCACAACAGGGGCUGCACAGACAUCCUCUGCUGUAUUCUCUUCAUCUUAGCCUUGUUGGGCUACUUCGCUGUGGGUAUCCUCGCCUGGUCUCAGGGUGACCCCAGGAAAGUGAUCUAUCCCACAGACAGCAGGGGGGAGUUCUGUGGACAAGCUGGAACACAUCUGGAGAAGAAGCCUCUUCUGUUCUACUUCAACAUACUGAAAUGUGCCAGUCCUCUGGUUCUGCUGGAGUUUCAGUGUCCCACCACACAGUUAUGUGUGGAAAGAUGUCCUGACAGACAUCUUACCUUGGUGAAAGUUAUCAAGUUGGGCAGCAAAGAAGACCGUGAAUACUACAAACAAUACUGCAAGGAGGGAGUGGACUUUGCCAAAAUGAAUACUCCUGAGAUCCUGAGAGAUGGCUUGUGUCCUGCCAUGUUGAUGCCCAGUAAAGCCUUCACGCGUCGCUGCCUUCCUGCCUUGGGAACGAUGAAAGGUGGGGUGGUGGUGGUAGGCAAUGAAACCAGUUUUGAUGCCGGAGAGGGUCACAAUAUCAACGCCACUGAGGUGCUGGAGGCAUCAAAGAAGUCAAAUGUUGUUGUUGAAGCUCGACAGGUGGCCAUGAGAAUUUUUGAAGACUACACUCAAUCCUGGCAUUGGAUAUUGCUUGGUCUGGUGAUAGCCAUGGUGGUCAGCUUGAUUUUCAUCGUCCUGCUACGGUUCCUGGCUGGUGUCAUGGUCUGGGUCAUGAUUGUUUUGGUUAUUCUAGUCAUAGGAUAUGGUAUUUUCCACUGUUACAUGGAAUUUGCCAGUCUGAAGGGAGAGCCUGGCGCUGACGUCACCAUCCGUGACCUGGGCCUGCAGACGGACUUCUCUGUCUACCUGCAGAUCAGGCAGACUUGGCUGGCCUUCAUGAUCAUCCUCGCUAUUGUGGAAUUCAUCAUCAUCCUACUACUCAUCUUCCUCAGGAAGAGAAUCCUAAUCGCCAUCGCUCUCAUCAAAGAGGCCAGCAGAGCCGUUGGGCAUGUGAUGUCAUCUCUGUUCUACCCACUGCUGACCUUUGCCCUGCUGGCCGUGGUGAUUGCCUACUGGGCCAUCACUGCUGUUUUCUUGUCCACCUCUAAUGAGCAGGUGUACAAAGUGUUCAACAACUCUGAGUGCGAGUACUCACGAGAGACAUGCGACCCCAAGACGUUCAACACCUCCAACGCCUCAGCUCAGUGUCCAGAUGCAGAGUGCCUGUUUGCCUUCUACGGUGGUGAGACCGUCUACCACAAAUAUCUCAUCCUCUUCCAGUUCUACAACGUCUUCCUGUUCUUCUGGUGCGCCAACUUUGUGACGGCACUGGGCCAGGUCACUCUGUCGGGGGCCUUCGCCUCAUAUUACUGGGCCUUCAAGAAGCCUGAUGAUAUUCCCGCCUACCCCAUCUUCUCCUCGCUGGGACGCGCCCUCAGAUACCACACAGGCUCCCUGGCUUUUGGCUCUCUGAUCUUGUCUGUGGUUCAGGUCAUCAGGGUCAUUCUGGAGUAUCUGGAUCACAAGUUGAAAGGUGCUCAGAACAAAUUUGCUAAAUUCCUGCUAAGCUGCAUGAAGUGCUGCUUCUGGUGUCUGGAGAAAUGUAUCAAGUUCCUUAACAGGAAUGCCUACAUCAUGAUUGCCAUCUAUGGAAAAAGUUUCUGUCCCUCAGCUAGAAAUGCCUUUUUCCUUCUCAUGAGGAACAUCAUCAGGGUGGCUGUUUUAGACAAAGUGACUGACUUCCUGCUGUUUCUUGGGAAGCUCCUCAUUGUUGGCAUUGUUGGGAUCUUCUCUUUCUUCUUCUUCUCUGGAAGAAUCAAAGCAGUAGAGGAUGCUGCUCCAUCUCUGAACUAUUAUUGGGUGCCAAUACUGACAUUGGUAGUGGGAUCUUACCUCAUCGCCCAUGGUUUCUUCAGUGUGUACGCCAUGUGUGUGGACACGCUCUUCCUCUGCUUCUGUGAGGACUUGGAAAGAAACGACGGCUCGUCUGACAGGCCUUACUUCAUGUCCCCCGAGCUGCACGAGAUCCUCUCCAAAACAAAACGGCCGGAGGAGGAAGAUCGCGACGGUGUUGAGCAGGCGAAUUCCGCAAAGCAAGUGGACGAGGUGAAACUGGAGGAGGAAACACCUCUUCAGCAGCAAGAAGACGGAGAGAUCCAACUGAAACAGCAGGUGGUGCUCAAGCAGGACAACGAAGAGGAGCAGCCGCUGCAGUCCAAGACAGACGCCGAAGAGCCAAAAGAGGAGAAGAGCGAGGAAGUCGAUCAGGCAGACGAGGAGGCUGAAAAGAAAGAAGACGCCGAGGUGAAAGAAGCAGCGGAACAGCAGGAGGUAAAACAGGAAGAAGAAAAGGCGGAGGAGGCGUCCCCACCAGCUGUGGAGGCUGAGAAAGAGGAGACUGGUGAAAAGGAAGAGGAAACAGAGGAAUCGAAGGAAGAAAACCCUCCCGCUGCACCACAGGAGUAAAUGUCAUGGUAAAACAAAAGUGAGGCUUGGUAAACCUCAUAAAGCAUAAAGAAUGAAAGAACUGUCCCUACAACUUUGUGAUAUGGACCUGAUAAAUGUACGGCAUACAACAAGCUAAAAUUUCAGACGGCCUUGCUAUGUGAGCGGUGUGACGUCCGGCUGGAGAAGGUUGUGAAGGUCGAAGCAGGUCAAAAGCCCAGUGCAUCUCUGUAGCUUGAAAAAAACGCUCUCUUGUGUUGGUUUUAGAACAGUGUUGGUUUUUAUAUCGUGAAGAUCUGUAGAACAUUGUGAGUGCUGAACCUGUGCCUGAUUACUGUCACUAAUAUUUGUUGUCUUAAUCCUGUUGACAAAUGCACUACAGAACCACUUGAGUACUGUACACAGUCGGAACAAACACUUCUCAGUCAAUGGUGAACCUCUUUCACUGUUUACAAUAAUACCAGCUGACGCCAAAAUGUUACAGACAUGUUUGAUAUACUGUAUGGAUACUGGAUCCUUUUCCCCCAUGGAACGUGUAUAUACACAGUAGUGUAUGUCUAUGAUGUAUUUUUUGGCUUCAGUCUUGUAGAGAUCCUCGCCAAGAUGGGAUCCCAUGUAUUGUAUUGCCACCUACUUGCCUUGGUAUUUCAGACUGACUGGCGUAAGUGCUGUGACUGUGUCUCCAUGAUGCAGCCAUCGUGACCUCUCAGACUCUGCGGACUCCACCAUUGUUUACUGACUCCAACUACCUUUCUCUGUCCCUGUCCUCUUUCUCUCUCUCUCGCUCUCUCUCGCUCUCUCUCUCUCUCUCUCUCUCUCUCUCUCUCUCUCUCUCUAAGUGCUGCAUGGUGUUGACAUGGCCUUCUGAAUGCUCGCAACUAACAUCUUCUCUGGAUGCUUUUGUACCUUUUUUCUUGUUUGCCACUUUGUGAAAGUUGAUUUUCCACUGAAAACAAUGAUGAUGACAUUCCAUAUUUAUUGGCUGUAAAUC